AUGGCACACUGUUUUUUCUUUAAACAUUUCUGUAUUGAAAGGUGUUUAAGUUUUAUAACAUGUUUUAUUGACCUGCUUGGAUUGUAUUUCAUAUUUUCUGAGGCUCAUAGUGGCUGCUGCUUCAACUCUGUUGGUCAGCCGCCAAGCCCGAGAAUCACUCAUCUGCAGGCUCUGGGUGACCAGCAGAGCCUCUUGGUGAACUGGAUGGUGAACAACAGCAGCUUAGUGGGAGAUAUUUAUGAGAUCCAUAUCGGCCGCACCGAGAACCACACUGUUAUUUAUAAUAAAAAUCUGAGUAUUUUUUCUGUGGAUCCAGUGGAAUAUGCAUGGACAUGGACCUCAGGCGUGCCUCUGGGUUGUGUCGAUCACUCAGUCAGGAUACGACGAUUCUAUAAUCAGUCUGUCCCGAGUCCCUGGAGUAACUGGAAAACAAACAAUAGAACCCAGGCGAAGGAUAAGACAAGGAUCUUCCCCAACUAUCGGGUGCUGAGAGAGAACUCCAGCGCCAUGUUCUGCUGUGUUCCCCCUAGAGGAGUCCAUAUUACCAGCAUGUCCUUCAGCCACAGCAAAUACCCUCUUAUGAGCAUUGGAGCGGGGGUCAAGGCAAUCACUGUACACAACCUGAAGAUCCCAACAGUGCGCUUCAAAUACCUUUUAAUCUCAUGCAAUGACACAACAGGCAGGCAGAGUGAUGUCUGGAACUUUAUCAGUUUUCCUCCCCAGAAGCCCAGUAACAUCAGCUGUGUGACCUCAGACAUGACAAGUGUCUCUUGCACCUGGGAUUCAGGCAGAAAACGAGACGAGAACGACCGCAACACGCAAACACGCACUCUUCACAUAGACAACUCAGACCAGCCUCCCAUCAACUGUGAACAGUCGUCUUGUACUUUCCCCGCCAUCCCUAACUUGAAGGAAUACAACAUCCGUGUGGUGGUGAAGGACCUGCUGGGAGAGGAGACGGAGAGCUACAGCUUCAACAUCUCUGACAGAGUGUCACCUGUGGUGGAGUUGGAGAGAGUGAGCCUCGGGGCGACACACAUCAUCGUGUUCUGGAUCGUACAUGAGAACUUGACCCGACUGAACCUCCUCUGUCAGGUCACUGCAGACCCAGGAAGUGCCACCAAACUGAGGUGCAAUAGUGUGAGUGGUCGAUGCAAAGUCACACUGGAAUAUCUGUUACCUAACACCCCCUACUCUACCAGAGUGCGCUGCUCUGUGGACGGCCGGCUCUGGGGGGAAUGGACCAAGCCCAGAUCCUUCAAAACCUAUCCGUUGGUGACCUUGGAUGUAUGGAGGAGAAUGAAGCAGCUGUCCGACCCAAACAGUCGUCAAGUUACUCUUCUGUGGACUCAUGAUGUUCCUGACUCAGCAGCCACGAUCAAAGGUUUCAUGGUGCAGUGGUCGCAGGGAAGUCUAAACUGGACUGAGCGGAAGGACAGUGGACAAACCCAGGCGCAGGUCUCCAUUAAUCUGGGACAGUAUGACUUCACGGUCCGGGCUCUUCUCCACAGCGGCUCGGCCAUCCCAGCUCACAUCAUCAUCCCCCAGAAGGACAUCGAUGAAAUCCUCCCGGUAAAGAGGCGUUUGAGCAGCAGCCCUGCUGGUUUUAAUCUGACCUGGGAUGAGCUUGAUACAGUCACCUGUGGCUACACUGUGGAGUGGUGCAUUCUGGGAAACGCUGUGCCUUGUAAUGUGCAAUGGCUGAAUGUGAAACAAGGCAACAAAACAUUGUUCCUACCUGCCAGCUAUUUCAAAGCAGGUUGUAAGUAUACAUUUAAUAUAUAUGCAUGCACAGAACAUGGACACAGACUACUGGAAGUACAGAUGGGAUACUCACAAGAGCUUAAAUCUGUACAGUCCCCGAUUCUGGUUGAACCUGUUCAGAGUACUUCCUCAUCUGUGACUCUGGAAUGGAGUUACAAUGAGGACGAUCCGGCUCACACGGCAUUCAUCACUGGUUACCUGGUAACAGGACAAGAGGCAGGGACUGAUACACCGCCAGGUCAUGUUGCAAAUGUGUUCAACGUGUCUGUGGUAGACCCUCGGAGGAAGUCUGUGACCAUAGAGGGUCUUCAGCAAGACCACAACUACCUUUUCUCUGUGAGCGCUCUCACUAAGGGGGGGCCUGGACAAUCCACCAGUAUUACCAUCAGGACCAACACCAACUACUCUACUCACCUGGCCAAGAUACUGACUCCCAUGUUGUUACUGUUGGGCUGCAUCAUUGCACUGUGGCCUCAAAGAAAAAUUCUGAAGAGCGGGCUGAGAGAGAUGUUUGCUUACCCGGCUGGUAUGAACAUAAAAACUCCUGAGUUAGACAGUUUCCUGCACGAGACUGGGGAGAGGCUGCAGGCUCUGAAGGUGGAGGAGUGCUGCACCUGUGACAUAGAGAUCCUGAACAGUAGACCUCUUCUGAAGGAAACAUCUGCACUGAGAGACCCUGCACCCCUGAACCCACCCCCCUCUCCUGCUCCCCAGAACCCACCGCCCUCUCCUGCUCCCCUGAACCCACCGCCCUCUCCUGCUCCCCAGAACCCACCGCCCUCUCCUGCUCCCCUGAACCCACCGCCCUCUCCUGCUCCCCUGAACCCACCGCCCUCUCUUGCUCCCCAGAACCCACCGCCCUCUCCUGCUCCCCUGAACCCACCGCCCUCUCCUGCUCCCCUGAACCCCACCGCCCUCUCCUGCUCCCCAGAACCCACCGCCCUCUCCUGCUCCCCUGAACCGACACCGCCCUCUCCUGCUCCCCUGAACCCACCGCCCUCUCCUGCUCCCCAGAACCCACCGCCCUCUCCUGCUCCCCUGAACCCACCGCCCUCUCCUACUCCCCUAAACCCACCGCCCUCUCCUGCUCCCCAGAACCCACCGCCCUCUCCUGCUCCCCUGAACCCACCGCCCUCUCCUGCUCCCCAGAACCCACCGCCCUCUCCUGCUCCCCUGAACCCACCGCCACCUCCUGCUCCCCUGAACCCACCGCCCUCUGCUCCCCUGAACCCACCGCCACCUCCUGCUCCCCUGAACCCACCGCCACCUCCUGCUCCCCUGAACCCACCGCCCUCUCCUGCUCCCCAGUCCUCUGCUCCAAUCACAUCUCUCUCCAGUGUCCUGCUUGAAACAGGCUACUGUACACAGUCAGUCACAGUGCUCAGAGACAGACCAGACGUCCAACAGAUGACAUACAUCAACAACAACAACACUUUUUAUCACACCGUGGAGGAAGAUUCAUCUGAGGCACAACAACUCAUGUUCUCUGAAAUCAAAUCAAGCUUUGAGCCUUCUGACAGUGUGCAUGAUUCGUGUAGUGUUAUCUAUGGUUAUAUUUCCAAUAACACUUUAUAA